AUGCCACGCCCGACGUCCAAGACAGAGUUACGGCGCGUGAUGGGCAUGGCAAAUUAUCUGGCCCGCUUUGUCCCACGCAUGGCGGAAGUCCUCCAGCCUCUUUCUCUGAUGUUGAGCUCAAGACAUGAAUUUGUGUGGGGUCCCGCGCAAGAAGCCGCCUUCACGAAGUGGAAGACUCUUCUUUCAUCGGACCCUGUCUUGGGAAUGUACGAUCCAGAUAUGGAAACAGUGGUGACAGCAGACGCCUCAUCAUACGGUCUCGGAGCUGUCCUGCGCCAAAGACAGAAAGACGGCCGGGACCUGACGGUGGCGGACGCCCUUUCUCGGUCACCUCUUCCACGAACGGAAUCCAUGGAACUGGAGGCCGAAAUCCAAGGCUAUCUUCGACUGGUGGCCUCGUCAGUUCCAGUAACAGCGCCAAGUUUACAUCUAGUCGCCCUGGAGCAAGAGCAAGAUCCGGACAAGCCCAUUGAAGAACGGGUACAGCCCCGCCGAGCUGCUCAUGGGGAGGAGACUGCGCACUGCCCUACCCACGUCCAGCGAAAACCUCCAGCCCCGGACGCUGGACUUCCAAGAACUGGCAUCUUUCGAGAGGUCGCAGCGUCAGCGCCAGAAGAAAGACUACGACCGGCGCCAUGGAGUGCGCGAUCUGCCAGAGCUGUCCGAAGGAACAGACGUAUGGAUCGUAGACCUACAAAAAGAAGGGGUCGUUCGAGGAAGUGCCGACGAGCCCAGGUCGUACUGGAUCGACUCCGGGGAAACUUCCCUACGCAGAAAUCGCACUCAUCUUGUCCCGCUGCCUCCGACCAGUUCAGAAGACGGCCGAGGGGCAACGCCGCUAACAGCGGAAUCGCCAGAAAUAUGCAGUGA